CUCUCUCUCUCUCUCUCCCUCUCUCUCUCUCCCCCUGAGCCCGGUGUGACUCUCCGGGACGCGCGAUGAUUUUCGCGGACAUGAGCGCGGGGACGAGCUCCCCGAAGAUGCACCCGCCCAACGGCACGCGCUUUUAUACCUAUCAGGAGUUUGCAGCCCUGACGAAAGAGCUGAAUGCCUGUCGAGAACAGCUGCUAGAGAAAGAGGAGGAGAUCUCAGAGCUCAAGGCAGAGAGGAACAACACCAGGCUGCUACUGGAGCAUUUGGAGUGUCUGGUGUCUCGUCACGAGCGCUCCCUCAGGAUGACAGUGGUGAAGCGCCAGGCUCAGUCUCCAUCAGGGGUCUCCAGCGAGGUGGAAGUUCUCAAAGCUCUCAAAUCCCUGUUUGAGCAUCACAAAGCUCUGGAUGAAAAGGUAAGAGAGAGACUACGCGUGUCACUCGAGAGAGUCUCAGCGUUGGAGGAGGAGCUAACUGCUGCCAAUCAAGAGAUUGUGGCCUUAAGGGAACAGAAUGCACACAUUCAGAGAAAAGUGGUGUCCGGUGAAGCAGCUGAGGAUCUGCUCGAAGGAGACGCACAAAAAGUCCACGGCAAGCGCUUGUCAAACGGCUCGAUGGAGUCCGGAGACGAGGCGAGUCAGGUGGUGGAGCUGCAGGAGCUCCUGGAGAAGCAGAACUACGAGCUGACCCAGAUGAAGGAGAGGAUGUCGUCUCUGGCGUCUCGCGUGUCCGAGGUGGAGCAGGAGCUGGAGACGGCGCGGAAAGACCUCAUCAAGAGCGAAGAGAUGAACACCAAAUACCAGAGAGACAUCAAAGAGGCCAUGUGCCAGAAGGAGGACAUGGAGGAGAGGAUCGUGACUCUGGAGAAGCGUUACCUCAGUGCUCAGAGAGAGUCCACGUCGCUGCACGACAUCAGUGACAAGCUGGAGAAUGAACUGGCCAAUAAGGAGGCUUUUCUCCGGCAGAUGGAGGAGAAGAACAGACAGCUGCAGGAGAGGCUGGAGUUGGCUGAGCAGAAGCUGCAGCAGACGAUGAGGAAAGCAGAAACUCUACCGGAGGUGGAGGCAGAACUCGCACAGAGAAUAGCAGCGCUCACUAAGGCAGAGGAAAGACACGGCAGUAUUGAGGAACGAAUGAGGCAUCUGGAGGGACAGCUGGAGGAGAAAAACCAGGAACUUUUACGGGCUCGUCAGAGAGAGAAGAUGAACGAAGAGCACAACAAGCGCUUAUCAGACACAGUCGAUCGUCUCCUCACUGAAUCGAACGAGAGAUUACAGCUCCAUCUAAAGGAGAGGAUGGCUGCACUGGAGGAGAAGAAUGUAUUAAUACAAGAUUCAGAUAAUUACAGGAAGCAGCUGGAAGACUCCAUUCACGAAAAGUCCCAGUUAGCAGAAGAGAUGGACAAAAUGAGGGUUGAACUCGAUCAGUUCAGAAUUAGGGUGGAGCCAACACUGUCACGGUCUCACCUGGAUGGCUCCUCGGAUCUGCGUUACUCUCUUGGUUCUCUUGCUGAGUCUCAAUCUGAUUAUCGAUCCACUAAAGUCAUGCACCGAACGAGAAGAGGACGCGUGGGGCUACGCCGAGACGAACCAAAGGCGAAGUCUCUCGGCGAACACGAGUGGCGCUCGCAGCAGCUCGGCUUGUUGGGCUCGCACCCUUUUGAAAGCGAUACCGAGAUGUCCGACAUCGACGAUGACGACCGUGAGACGUUGUUCAGCUCCAUGGAUUUGCUCUCGCCCAGCGGACAUUCAGACGCUCAGACCCUCGCCAUGAUGCUGCAGGAGCAACUCGACGCCAUCAACAAAGAGAUACGGCUGAUUCAGGAGGAGAAGGAGUGCACAGAGCAGCGGGCGGAGGAGAUUGAGCAUCGUGUAGCCAGUGUGAGUUUGGAGGGACUGAAUCUGGCGCGUUCGCUCAUCACCGCCUCGGCUACGGCGUCAUCGCUCGCGUCAUCAUCUCCACCCAGCGGGCACUUAUCCCCCAAACACACACCCCGCAGCCCUGCCCGGGACAUGGAGCGCAUGGGGGUCAUGACACUGCCUAGUGACCUGAGGAAACACCGGAGAAAGAUCGCAGCAGUUGAUGAGGACGGCCGAGAGGACAAAGCCACCAUAAAGUGUGAGACAUCUCCUCCACCAACACCUCGUCAAGUCCGCAUGACACACACACUGCCCGCUUCCUCUCAUAACGAUGCACGUCUAGCCGCAGCGUUAGAGGCUGAUGCAGCUCUGAGUAGUGUAGCCAGCAGUCAGGACUCGCUCCAUAAACAACCAAAGAAGAAAGGCAUCAAAUCGUCCAUCGGCCGCUUGUUUGGCAAAAAGGAGAAAGGACGACUGGUACACAUGGGGAAAGAGAUGAUGGGACCAGGACCAGGUGUUUCAGAUGUGGAAUUGCUUGCUCAGGAAAUUGGUGUGGGGAAACUGGGCACUCAGGCUGAGAAGGACCGCCGCAUAAAGAAGAAGCAUGAGUUACUUGAGGAGGCGAGGAGGAAAGGAUUGCCUUUCGCACAGUGGGAUGGUCCUACUGUUGUUGCAUGGCUGGAGCUGUGGUUAGGAAUGCCGGCGUGGUACGUGGCAGCGUGCCGGGCGAACGUGAAGAGCGGUGCCAUCAUGUCAGCUCUGUCUGAUACGGAGAUCCAGCGUGAGAUCGGCAUCAGUAACCCGCUGCACCGCCUCAAACUGCGCCUCGCCAUCCAGGAGAUGGUGUCACUGACCAGCCCCUCAGCUCCGCCCACUUCUCGCACCCCAUCAGGCAAUGUGUGGGUGACGCAUGAGGAGAUGGAAACACUCGCGGCUCCGUCUAAAACGUCCCAGUCUGAAGAAGGAAGCUGGUCUCAGACGCUAGCAUACGGCGACAUGAAUCAUGAGUGGAUCGGUAACGAGUGGCUGCCCAGCCUUGGCCUACCUCAGUAUCGCAGCUACUUCAUGGAGUGUUUGGUGGACGCACGAAUGCUGGAUCAUCUGACCAAGAAGGACCUUCGCGUUCAUCUCAAAAUGGUGGACAGCUUCCACAGGACGAGUCUUCAGUACGGAAUCAUGUGUCUGAAAAAGCUCAACUACGACCGCAAAGAGCUGGAGAGACGGCGAGAGAGCAGUCUGCAUGAAAUGAGAGACGUGCUGGUAUGGAGUAACGAGCGUGUGAUUCGGUGGGUUCAGAGUAUCGGUCUCCGUGACUACGCCAACAUCCUUCUAGAGAGUGGUGUUCACGGAGCGCUGAUCGCCCUCGACAACAACUUCGACUACAGCAGCCUCGCCCUGUUACUGCAGAUCCCCAACCAGAACACUCAGGCUCGUCAAAUUCUGGAGAGAGAAUACAACAACCUGCUGGCGUUGGGUACAGAGAGACGACUAGACGAGGAUUUCCGUGGCCCAGCGUGGAGGAGACAGUUUCCCCCUCGUGAUAUUCACGGGAUCAGUAUGAUGCCCGGAUCAGCAGAGACACUGCCAGCUGGGUUCCGCGUGACAACAUCAGCACACACACACCGGAUCCCAGCAGACGUUGGGCCGUCAGCAGUGCAGCGAUUGGACAGUUCCACUGUGAGGACAUACUCAUGCUGAGAGAGGGACAACAGGGACACGCAACGCCAUGUUGCGUAGUUGAGUGUGAUGGUGAUGGGGAACAGAGAUCUGCUCACACACACACUGCCAAGAGAACACGUGUUGCCCAGACAGACGGGGCCAAACUUUAAAGCGCCACGGUGCUCUCCUGCCCCGCCCGCACACCCCACCCCCUGCCCCACCCUCGCUACACCAGACUGUACAGGAUUAUAGAUUCACAAUUUUAUAUAUAAAUCUCUAUCAUCUACUGACACACUGCUGUAUUCAACACCCACUUUAUUCCUGCUAACUCUGUGCACAUUUAAUAUCACACGCUUUUAUUACUUUCUUCCAUACCUCACACACACACACACACGCACACACCACAGUUGGUGUGUUAGAAGAGCGUAAAAUAUGAAUGUGUGAAGGGUAAGAGGUUAAACACUGCUGCUUUAAGAAACUACAUGCUAUUAGUUUUAAAUUCCAAGUGCACUACCACAAACUGCUUUUAUUUUAUUAGUAACGUCAUAAAAAAAUAUUUAUUGACUUAAAGUCCAAUAAUAUGUCAUGCUAUUGAGGAACACAUAGUAUAACACAUAGCGAGAAUGUUAAUACUGACAAAUCAGUUCUAACAAAUCUUUCACCUUUAAAAAUUAGGUAUUUAUUUUUUUGUGGAUAUAAAUGAGUUUUUAAAGUUAUACUGCCACGGACAAAAGUGAUUUGCAGUAGCGAUGCAUCACAUAAACAGUAACUUUAUUAGUUACACUGUCUUUCAUGUUUACUUUUUUAACUUUAACUUUGCAAGAUUUUGAUCCACUUCGAUUUCCAUACGCUACAGCACUGAGACCCCGUUGUUUCUAAUGCCUUGAAUGGAAAGCAAAUAAGUUAUUUUUGUUCUUAUAAAUUUGCCUGGGUCUAAUCUACAUAACAGAAAUCAUUAGCAUAGUCCAAGGUGUUCCACAGGGUUAUGUUCUGGGCUCGUAUCAUUUUCAUUAAUUACACUAUCAAGGUCUUGUUUUAAUGUGGAAUCAAAGGGCUUUUACACUAAUGCCAAGAUUUACAUUAUUAUGGAAAAUACUGAAGAACAUAGCAUAACUAAUGUUAUGCCAGUAAAGUAAGUAACUAACUAAAGGUAGCACAUCAGGUCAUGUUACUAAACCUAAUUAAAAAGGAAGUAACACUGGAGACAUUAAGAAAAUAAAUCAAGUUAAGGUAGUGAUACAAAUAUUACAAAAAGCAAAGAAAUAUUAUAAGCUAAUUAAGUACCUCAAAUAAAAGGGAGUGACAAUACAGAAAUUUAUGUUGAAAAUUUUUAACUUGUACAGAAUUUUAUAUUACAUUAUUAAUUGUAGAUCUAUUACUAAAUUUUGGCUAAAAUGAAUUAGUACAGUACUAGCAAGCUAGCAAAGAAAUUAUCAUUGCAUUAUUAAGGUUAGUAAAGUAAUAUUACAAAAUCAGCUAGUAAAUCAAAGUUUUUACUGGCUUUGAUUUACUAGCUGAUUUUGUAAUAUCACUUUACUAACCUUGUAAAGUAAAAAAAAAAACAAUCAUACAGAGGAUUAGCUAGUGUAGAAUGUAACGUUAUUAAAGUUAAACUAGUGUAAGAAAUAGGAUUACCAAAGAUACAUUGGAAAGUAAUGUUAUAAAUACAAAUUAAUAAAUCAACUAUUACAAACUAAACAAACUGUUACUUUAGUACCCUAACUUAAUUUUAACAUUAAUUUAAAGCACAGAAAUAACAGUGCAGAUGUUAAGAUUAAUAAUUGUAAACCUAAACAAGGGAACAUGGAAAUAACAGCAAAAAAGUUAAGCUAGUAAUGUUACCAUACUACUGUAAUUUGACUCUAAGUUACUGCAAGUAAUUAAAACACUACUAGUUUAAGUUAGCUACUAAACAAAUGAAAAACUAAUUAGCAGUACAGAUUUUAAGACCAUAAAACAAGCAAUUUUACUUAAGUUUACCUAGUAACAUACUGAAAGUAAUAUCACGUAAUAAACAAAGCAAAGUAACAUCACAUGCUAGUGAAGCAAGAAAUGUUACUGAAAAAAAAAGGAUGUAACAGUACAGAAACUAAGCUAGUGAAAACAUUGCACAAUUGACAAUGCAGUAUGUAAUGUUACAUAACUGAAAGGAAGUAUUUUUAUUAUUAUUACUGAAGUUAGGCUAAAAUUAAGUAACAGUACAUAAGGUAUGCUAAUGAAGAAAAUCACAAAAUGUAUAUUAGUAAUUACCUAGUAAAUAAAAGGGUGGCUUUUUUGACUAUAUUUUUUUAGUAACAGCAAAUAAGUUAUGCUAGUAAUGUUGGAUUAGAAUCAGAAAAACUUAAUUGCCUGUGAGUUGUGCUUAAGGACGGGUAAACCAAAAACGAACAUCUGACGAUAGACAUUAGAUUUUAAAUAAAGACGUUUUAGUAAAUUUAAUUUAGGGCAUCGGAACAAAACUAAUUAAAGCUAGUGAAGCUAGCUUUGAGGAAGAGCAUGCACAUGAAGCAAGUCCAUUAAGUAACAUUACUGAAGCUAGUAAAGUCAUCCUCUCUAGCAUCAGUUAAAUAAAGCUGCACUUGGCUAUUAACAUGGCUGAUUUAGUGUUUAUUAAAUGUGAAACCCUGUCACAACUUCACAUCCAAAGUGUAGGUUCAAAUAAAUUUGCUUAAAAAGGAAAAAAUCCAUAUUUAGAUUAUUAAUGAUUUUCUUCAUGAUGAAUAAACACAAAACCUGUGGAAAGUUGUGGUUUUUAACAUCUUUUAUAACUUUGGGUUCAGCCCUUAUUCAGCACAAACUCUUGCUUGGAAGUCGAUCAUGACUUUGCUGAAUCUUUUCAUAGUAUGUGCACUGAAGUACUUAAACAUUCCAAAGCCUUUGAAAAACAAAUUAGUAAUAUCGAAACACUAAGAUUUAUUCUGAUGUUUUGUAUAACUUCUUAAUUUAUUACAGCAGUUAACUUAUCGGAUGUAUGAAUAAAUCAUUUAAAGCUUCCAGAGUUCGUUUAGAGGCGUUUCAAUAUGAUGCAAUUCAGUAUUAUAAAGUUUAAACAGUGUUAGCUUGGAGAAGUCAGAGGCCACGCCCCCUUUUUCGGGACUGAUGCACAAUCUAAAAGCACACACUUUUCUCACGCCUAUUUCACUCGGGCUGACAGAUAAAGCGGCCACACCUGGGUUUAAACAAAAAGGUCCCAAAACGGGGGGGGGGGGGACCCCUGUUAAACUGUCAAAUAAAAAGCCACACCCCUUUUACUAAAUCUGAUCAGCCCACACACUGUUAAUGAAAAAGAGUUUCUGGUAGUGCACUCAGACUGCUGGAUGUAGAAAGAGUCCCAACACUCUGCUGCCAUCAUCACUCAUCAGCCAAUCAUCUGGCUUCUUCAUCAAGCAAAACCCCGCCUCUCAACUAGGAGAAAUAACUACAAGACAGGCGUAGCUUCUAGUGAACAUAGAGUGUGUAACGACUUUUCCAAGUCCAGACUUAACUUUUAAAAGACGACAAACCUGUUGCUUGCUGUGAAUUAUUUUAUUAUUUCUGUGUAAAGAUGUUGAAUUAUUUUCUGUAGGCGUUGCCCGGGUGACCUCAUGUACAGAACCUCCUUCCUGUCUUCAAGUUAUUUCUGCACGUUACAGAGAAUCAUUUUAUUUAUUUUGUGUCCAUUUUUUAUUUAUUACUGAUUGUAUUUUGGUCAAAACUAUGUGGUGAUCAAAAAAUAUUGUCAAUAAAAAGUACAGUAUACAAAAAAGCAUGUCAGUCUGCUGGUCUGGAUUUUAAUUUUUCUAGUAACUUUAGGAGACCUGACUUUAGCUUGUGCGUGUACAGUCAAGCAAAUAACAUCACAAUUAUAUCAUAACUGCAGUUAGCAAUCAAGAGUUAUGAUACGAUACUGAUAUUAAAGUACUAAAGCAAUAAACAUGAUCAAAGUUAGGAAAGUUACAAGUAGGAUUAUUUAAAUUAGGCUAGUAAAGGUUAGGCUGCUAAAAUUAACAAAUG